CAUUUUGAACAAACAUCCUUCCAAACUAGUUGUCAAAAGAUUUUUUUCUUCCUUGGGAUCAUAUAUACAGAUACAAGAUAGUUUGGUUCGUUUCAAUAUCCAGGACAUCCGCCUUCCUCCCUUUCCCUGCCAGGUAGAUAAAACUACAAAUACACUGCUUUACAACAGCAGUGGCCUGAGUAUGUUCAGCAGAAGAGGCUAUAUCCCAGAAGAUGAGGACAGAAGUGAUAGAAGGCAACAAUACCAAACCUAGUGCUCCUCUCCUGGCCCAACGAUACCCAAGAAUGGUCACGAAAGAUGGACACAGCACACUACAAAUGGAUGGUGCCCAUGGGAAAGGCCUGGCAUACCUAAAAGAUGCUUGGGGAAUCCUUAUGGAUAUGCGCUGGAGAUGGAUGAUGCUGGUAUUUUCUGCUUCUUUUGUCCUCCACUGGCUUGUCUUUGCAGUUCUCUGGUACCUACUAGCAGAAAUGAAUGGGGAUCUGGAGAUCGAUCAUGAUUCUCCACCUGAGAACCACACUAUUUGUGUAAAGUAUAUCACAAGCUUUACAGCUGCUUUUUCCUUCUCAUUGGAGACACAGCUCACUAUUGGUUACGGCACAAUGUUCCCAAGUGGAGACUGUCCAAGUGCAAUUGCCCUACUUGCUAUACAAAUGGUACUGGGUCUGAUGCUGGAGGCCUUCAUCACAGGUGCAUUUGUAGCAAAAAUUGCCCGUCCAAAGAAUCGAGCUCUCUCCAUCCGGUUCACUUAUUCUGCUGUAGUGACACACAAAGAAGGAAAGCCAUAUCUAAUGUUCCAAGUGGCCAAUACUCGCCCAAGCCCACUCACCAGUGUUCGGAUUUCUGCAGUUCUUUAUGAAGAACAAGAAAAUGGUCAGCUGCAUCAAACCAGUGUGGAUUUUCAUCUAGACAGCAUCACUUCAGAAGAGUGCCCUUUCUUUAUCUUUCCUUUAACCUAUUAUCAUCCCAUAACUCCAUCUAGCCCUCUAGCCAUUCUCCUACAAAGGGAGGCUCAUCAACAUUUUGAGCUAGUAGUCUUCCUUUCUGCCACACAAGAGGGCACUGGAGAAACAUGCCAGAGGAGGACAUCCUAUCUUCCAUCAGAGAUCAUAUUACACCACCAUUUUGCCUCCAUGUUGGUUCGAGGUGCUAAAGGGGAAUAUCAGAUCAAGAUGGAGAAUUUUGACAAGACAAUCCCAGAACUUCCAGCUGCAGACUCUAAAAGUUCAAAGAGGACUGACAUGGAGAUCCGCAUCAAUGGGCAGCACAUUGACAGCUUCCAGAUCUGUGAGACUCAUCUGACUGAAUAGACUUUGAAUGUGAUGCCAGCUUGUUUUCGUUUUCAACAAUUGGAUUAGACUACCACGCCAUUGUUUUCACUUUCCUCUCUAUUUUAUUGUGCUCUUUUUGUUCUUUCAAUAUCUUUGACUUCAGAACAGUGCGCAGAAUAAAGA